GUGGGACUGUUUGGGUAUUUGCAUUUGUCGCCUAGGCAACACGCCCCCUGGAUUAUCCAGGUGUGUUACUGCAGGUGAAUCGGCACAGGUAACGUGGGGACAAGAAACUAGACAGAGAAAGGGAUAGUGUAGCCGAAUUUGGCCAUAUUGUUGAACAAGUCGACGUCGCUGAUUAUAUCAUGUAUUGAAUAUGGCACGUCUGGGAUUGAGCGAAAGAAUCGUGUCAGAAGACACCCUGGUCAUCUGCGGAGCUGUGUACAAUACGAGUGAUUCCAUGUGAACAUCAUCUUGACGACACGACAGAAGCCAGCCAGAAAGAUGAAUGAUUUCACCCGUUUCUUCGUGCCAUAACCUUCGGUUCAAAUAUCUGAUGACUAGAAGUACUGUUUCUACAACUUGCUGAAGACUUAUUCCGGUGAUAACUGAUAUCAGCGUGAUCUACCAACCGGAGUCUGUGUGGAGCACGCAUAACGAUGUAUUUCCACACCGUGCACGGCACUGCCAUCACCCUGUCGGGCGACAGGCUGACGGCUACGCGGGGAGACGGCUUCUGUAACGGCAUCACCUUCAGCGCCGCCCCCAUGGAAGUCGGCGAGGAGAUCUCGAUCGAGUUCGUCUCGACGACGUCGUCCUGGAGCGGCGUCUUGCGCUUCGGAGCCACCUCGGUGGACCCGGGCACGUGGAAACAGGAGGACCUGCCGAGGUACGCCGUGCCUGACCUCACCAACAAGGAAGGCUACUGGGCGAAGGCGAUGCCUGAGAACCAUUGUGAGCCAGGGAACCUGAUGACGUUUCACGUGGACGCUCAGGGAAACCUGAGGUACUCCGUGAACAAUGACGACAAGGGAGUGUUCCUCUCCGGGCUGCCCACCGAAGUACAGCUGUGGGCGCUGCUGGACGUGUACGGGGUGACCACCUCCAUCAAGUUUGUCAGUACCGAUGAUGUCCCCACUGAGAUCCUUGCGCGCGGCCCACACGCCCUGAAGGCGUUCAAGGAGGCGGCCAGCUCGGGCACCAAGCCGGUGUUCCGCACCCGCCUCAUGCUGGUCGGGCAGGACAGGGUCGGCAAGACUAGCCUCAAGAAGUCGCUCACGGGGCAGACGUACGACUCUGGAGAGAUCAGCACGGACGGAAUCGACACCGCGGACGCCUGUGAGAUCAACGUGCAGGACGCGACUUCCUGGAAGGUCCACGGCAACCAGGAAGACUCAGACUCAAAGAAGAAAGGCGUGCUGGACGGAUCGUUUGGAGUGGAGGAGGAGUACGCCCAGGCGGUGGCGCACAACAUCGUCAAGGCGCUGGUAGCUGAGAGGAGGAAGAACAAGGACACGGAGGAGCCCGCCAAGAAAGCGAACAUUUCGAAGGGCCCCGUCAAGAGCACCGAAAACGCAACAAGCAAUGAUGAUGACGAGAAACCGGUGGAUACAGACCAAAUCGUCGAGGUGUACAACAAGCCCCCCGAGCACACUGAGAUCUCCCUGAAGGAUAACGACCUGCUGAAGGACAUGCCAGCCCGCGUGGUGGAGCUGGUGACGGGCCUGCUGACGGAGGCGGAGGAACACGGGAUGGAGCACAAACCUGCCGAGGAGGCCACCAGGCCCAGCAUCAUCAUGAAGAUAUGGGACUUCGCCGGGCAGUCUGUGUACUACACCACACACCAGGUGUUUCUGACGCCGCGAGCCGUCUACACCGUGGCGUUUAACCUGUGCCAUGACCUGGACGCCAAGGCGCUGACCCAGGUGCGCCGGUCGGAGGGGAGCGACGAUAAAGCCAAGAUUGAAUGGGAGGAGAGUGAGAUGACCAACAUGGACUUCCUGGAGUUCUGGGUGAGCUCGAUCCACGCGCACACGGCAGAUAACAAACCUAAACUGCAGAAAAACGGUCACAAGUCGCCGCCGAUCUUCCUCGUGGGAACGCACAGGAAUUCCCUGGAUCCGGACCCUGCCGUCUGCGAGAAAAAGACUCGUGAGAUUUUCGCAAAAAUUCGGAAGAACCUGAAGGGCCGACCGAUGGAGGGUCACGUGGUGAUGCCGUACUACGCGGUGGAAAACGGGCUGGAGGACGACACAGAGAUCGCCAAGCUGCGGCAGCACAUCGAGGAGGUGGCGUACGGCGAGCCGUACAUGGGGGAACACAUGCCCAUCAGGUGGCUCAAGUUCGAACAGUACGUGGCGCAGGAGACGGAGAACGGAGUGGACUCUCUGUCCCUGGAGCAGGUCCAAGAAUCCGUUAAGAAGUUCGGCAUCCACAGUAGAGACGAGCUGGUCGCCAUGCUGGGGUUCUACCACGACCUGGGCACUAUCGUCUACUUCGGUACCCAGGGCGCCGUGGACGACACGCUGCAGAAGACGGUCAUCUUCAGGCCACAGUGGCUGGUGGACACCUUCAAGAGGGUCAUCACAGUCAAGGACAUCGAUGAUCAGUGGGACCGGUUCAGUGAGGCGUGGGCGCGGCUGGACGCGGAAGGCGUGCUGGAGGACUCGCUGAUAGACUACAUGUGGCGGGACGUGCUGCAGCAGAAGCCGCUCCUCCUCAACCUCAUGGACAAGUUCGACCUGCUUUGCGAGAGGCUUCCGCCGAAAAAGAUCACUUCCGAGGAGAGAGCGGACUGGGUGAAGAGUUAUUACGUCCCCUCCAGGCUGCGUGAGAAACCUCACGACGUGGAGACAGUCACGGACCAACCGCACUUCUCCUUCUUCCUGUGGUUCCACGGCUUCCUCCCAGACGGGCUGUUCCACCGGGUGCUGACCCGCGCGGUGCGGUGGGCGCAGGAGUGCGGCGGCCGGGAACCCCAGCUGUACUACCGGAACGCUCGCUUCUACCUGGACGAGGAGCACGACUACCUGCUGGAGAUGGCUCCGCUCAGGCUCUCCAGGAUCAAGGUGUCAGUGGUCCGGGUGAUGGACCUGUCAGAUGAUGCAGAGGAGGACGAUCUAGGAGAAGCCAAACUUCCUCCUCCGGACCCACAGUCGUGUGCCAGGGUGCGACACUUUGUUGACGCGACGCUGGCGGACCUGCAGGAGAUGUGGAUGAAGAGAGUGAAGUACAGCGUCACCGUGCAGUGUCCCUGCGGGGACCCACAGGAACACUUCCUCUCACUGGACCAGUGUCUAAGCGGGAAGGUCGUGCUCUGUGAGAAGAACAAGCGAGUCAAGACCCUGCCAUUCAGGAAGAACUUCCCGUCGGAAACAGUGGCAGCCCGCCCGGCAGCCCCGACAGCCGCGCCCCUGCAGCCGGGACAGCUGCCCCCGUGGGUGCCGGAGGCCGCCAAGCUUCUCAACUCCGACAGAAACGCCGCGGACUGGGCGGAGCUGGCCAACAGGCUGGGCUACAGCAGCCAGAAGACGGAGACGUUCAUGAAGUCCGCGGACCCGACCUCCGCCCUGCUGCGGGACUGGCUGGACGGCAGCGGGGAGGCGGCGGUGGACCUGGUCACCAAGGCGCUGGAGAACAUGGGCAGGGACGACGUGCUGCAGGUCAUCAGGGGCCGCCAGGGAGCUGUUGACACCCAGCCCGACAUCUUCAUCAGUUACCAGUGGGACAUCCAGGACCGUGUGCGGGACCUGCGGGACCGGCUGGAGGCUGCCGGGUACCCCUGCUGGAUGGACAUCGGGCAGAUGGGCGGAGGGGACGCGCUGUACGAGAAGAUCGACCAGGGCAUGAGGGCGGCCAAGGUUGUGAUCGCCUGCCUGACCACCAAGUACUCGGUGUCGCAGAACUGCAGCAAGGAGAUCAACCUGGCCAGCCUGCUGGGGAAGACCAUCAUCCCCAUCAUGUUCCAGAAGAUCGACUGGCCCCCGCCCGGCGGCAUGUCCCUCAUCUUCUCACCGCUGCUCUACAUCGACAUGACCAGCAACGGUGGUGGCCAUGGCGGUGCCGGCAUCCACUCCAAGCUGGAGACCAAGUUCCAGGAGGUGGUGGAGCGGAUCCAGACCACCAUCCAGCCUGUCGGCGCGGGGAAGAGGGACAGCACGGUGCCAGAGUCACCGGAGAAGCAGGCAAGCAACACCGGCAGUCCCGCUAAGAGACCUAACAGUGCUGCAAGGCGACCCAACAGUGCAGUGUCCCAGACACAGGUCACAAAGUGUGGGGCAUGUGUCAUACUGUAGGUAUCAAACACAGUGUAACACCUGUCUG